AUGCCCCAGUUUCAGCGGCACCACGCGCCAUGGCGCGUAGAGGGCGGCACCCAGGUCAUAGAUCUGGAGACCGCCGUCAAGAACGGCAUCCUAGGCGGCGGGGUGGCCAGCGGCACAGUCGGGACCGCCGAGAAGCUCGACCUGAAGAAGAUGAUCGAGGAGCUCGACUCAGCGGACGACGACGUGCCGCCGGUGUUCAUCUGCCCCAUCUCCCUGCAACCCAUGGUGGAUCCGGUGACCCUCUGCACCGGGCAGACCUACGAGCGCUGCAACAUCCUGCGGUGGUUCUCGAUGGGGAGCCUCACCUGCCCGACUACGAUGCAGGAGCUCUGGGACGACGCCGUCACCCCCAACCGAACCCUACACCAGCUCAUCUACGCCUGGUUCAGGCAGCGGUACCUCCUCUCCAAGAAGCGUUCCGAGGACGUCCAUGGCCGGAUAACGGAGCUCCUCGAGGGCCUCCGCAAGGCCAAGGGCCAGGCGGCCCGCGUCCAGUCCCUCAGGGAGCUCCGCCGCCUGGCCACGGCCCACACCGCCGCCGGAAAAGCGGUCGUCGACGCCGUCGACGCCGGCGGCGCCUGUUCCAUCGCCUCCCUGCUCGGCCCCUUCACGUCCCACGCCGUCGGCUCCGAAGCCAUCGCCAUCCUCGUCAACCUCCCCCUCGGCUCCGACUCCAAGCGAACUCUGAUGCAGCCCGCCAAGAUCUCCCUCGUCGUGGACAUGCUCAACGAGGGCUCCAUCGAGACGAAGAUCAACUGCACGAAGUACAUCGAGGCGCUCAUGGUGGAGGAGGAUUUCCGCCCCGAGGUUGUCUCCAGCUUCAGCCUCCUCGUGGGGUUGCUCCGGCUGGUGAAGAACAGGAGAGAUUCGAAUGGGACGGCGGCGGGUCUGGGCCUCCUCAGGGCCAUCUGCUCCUCCCACCGCCAUGUCCUGAGCUCCGUGGUGAGCGUGGGAGUCGUCCCGCAGCUCGUGGAGCAGCUGCCCAGUUUGAAUCCCAGCUGCAUGGAAUCGGCGCUCCAGAUCCUGGAGCUCCUGUCGGCGAUCCCCGAGGGCUGUGUGGCCCUGAGGGACUGCCCCCAGACGAUCCCCAACGCAGUGAGGUUGCUGAUGAGGGUUUCGGAGGCCUGCACGCAGUGCGCUCUAUCGAUCCUCCUCGCCGUCUGCAAGAAUUCCCCCGGGGAGUGCGCCCCCCGAGCGGUAGAGGCGGGACUGGCGGCGAAGCUCUUGCUGGUGAUCCAGAGCGGGUGCGCUCCGACUCUCAAGCAGCAGUCGGCGGAGCUCUUGAAGCUCUGCAGCGUCAACUACACCACCGGCGAUUUCAUCUCCAAGUGCAAGCUGACGACGACGAUCCAGUGA